AUGGAGUCUCUGCUGCUGGUCGGACGCUCUGCCUUCACGGCCGCUGAGGCCGAGGAGCUGCGUGCCCGCAUCAACGGUCAGAGCCCAUCGGUUCCCGUGGCCAGCCUGCGCGGCUCGUGGGUCUACUUCGUCAAGGCCAAGACGCCGUCGAGCGUGGCCGUCAUUGUUGAGAAGCUGACCAGGUGGCUGGACCUGCCCGACCAGGAGGACGAGUCGGUCGUCCUGCCGUCGGCCAACGACGCCACCACCACCACCUACUACAUCUCGCCCCGCAACAUCUCGCCAUGGAGCUCCAAGGGCACCAGCAUCGCCGGCGUGUGCGGCCUGGGCGAGCACCUCGAGCGCAUCGAGCGCGGCCGCGCCGUCACCGUCACCUUUGAGGCCCCCUGCGACGGGGAGGCCGUCGAGUUCAAGAACCUCCUCUCGGACCGCAUGACCGAGGCCAUGACGACGACCCCCCCCGACCUGGCGGCCAUGUUCCGGGAGGGCCAGCGCUUCCCCCUCGAGAUCGUCGACAUCUUCGCCGGCCCCGCCGAGCCCCUCGACGUCCUGCGGGACUACAACGACAAGUGCGGCCUGGCCCUCGACGAGUCCGAGAUGGAGUACCUCGUCGAGGUCUUCAGGAAGCAGGGCCGCCCCCCCCACGACGUCGAGCUCUUCAUGUUUGCCCAGGUCAACUCGGAGCACUGCCGCCACAAGCAGUUCAACGCCAGGUGGACCGUCGACGGCGUCGACAUGGGCCAGAGCCUGUUCGGCAUGAUCCGCAACACCCACAAGACGACGCCCGACUUCACCGUCUCGGCCUACAGCGACAACGCCGCCGUCCUGCAGGGCGAGACGGCCAGCUUCUGGGCCCCCGACUACUCGACCGGCUCCUGGCGCCUCAGCAAGGAGGUCGUCCACGUGCUCGUCAAGGUCGAGACCCACAACCACCCGACCGCCAUCUCCCCCUUCCCCGGCGCCGCCACCGGCUCCGGCGGCGAGAUUCGCGACGAGGGCGCCGUCGGCCGCGGCUCCACCCCCAAGGCCGGGCUCUCCGGCUUCUGGGUCUCGGAGCUCCUCAUCCCCGACCGAGAGGCCCCCUGGGAGGUCGACCUGGGCCGCCCCGCCCACUUCGCCUCCGGCCUCGACAUCAUGCUCGAGGCCCCCAUCGGCAGCGCCCGCUUCAACAACGAGUUUGGCCGUCCCUGCCUGCUCGGCUGCUUCCGCACCCUCCUGACCGACGUUGGCAAGGAGGCCGGCAAGGCCUCCUCCGAGUGGCGCGGAUACCACAAGCCCAUCAUGAUUGCCGGCGGCGUCGGCACCGUCCGUCCCCAGCACGCCCUCAAGGACCCCGAAGACGUCCACGAUGGCGCCCACGCCAUCGUCCUCGGCGGCCCCGGCAUGCUCAUCGGCCUCGGCGGCGGUGCCGCCUCCAGCAGUGCCUCUGCCGAGGAGACGGCCGAGCUCGACUUCGCCUCGGUCCAGCGCGGGAACCCCGAGAUGGAGCGCAGGGCCCAGAUGGUGAUCGAUGCCUGCGUCGCCCUCGGCGAUCAGAACCCCAUCGCCAUGAUCCACGACGUCGGCGCCGGCGGCCUGUCCAACGCCCUUCCCGAGAUCGUCAAAGACGCCGGCUUCGGCGGCAAUUUCGAGCUCCGCCAGAUCCACACCGCCGACCCCAGCAUGAGCCCUCUACAGAUCUGGUGCAACGAGUCCCAGGAGCGUUACGUCCUGCUCGUCAACACCGAGGGUCUCAACCGCUUCGUCAGCAUUUGCCGUCGCGAGAGGUGCCCCUUCUCCGACGUUGGCAACGUCGUGGCCAAGGAUGCGGACGGCAACUCCAGGCUUAUCCUUACGGACCGCGACUCCCAGAAUGGCCCUUCACCGAUCGACCUGCCGAUGGAUGACCUGUUCCCUGCUGGAAGGCGUCUGGAGCGUGUCGUCGAGACGAGGGACCUGGGCCUGCCCGCCUUCGACGCCGCCGCCGAGCUGCAGUCGGUGUGCGGGCCCGACGCCUCCAAGGGAGACGUCAUCGCCGAGGCCGCCAGACGCGUGUUCCACAUGCCCUCCGUCGGCUCCAAGUCGUUCCUCAUCACCAUCGGCGACCGUACCGUCGGCGGCCUGUCGAUCCGCGACCAGAUGGUCGGCCCGUGGCAGACGCCCGUGGCCGACUGCGCCGUUACCGCUACCUCGUUCGGCAUCGGCGCCAAGGAGCGUAACGGAGAGGUGAUGGCCAUGGGUGAGAGGCCGCCCCUGGCUCUCAUCUCGCCGGCUGCCUCGGCGCGCAUGGCCGUGGCCGAGUCCCUGCUCAACCUGGGUGCCGCCGACUUCCUGGGCGGCAUGGAGAGGAUCAAGCUGUCGGCCAACUGGAUGGCGGCGGUGAACCACCCCGGCGAGGGUGCCGGUCUGUACAAGGCGGUCGAGGCCCUGGGCAUGGACCUCUGCCCCAAGCUCAAGAUCUCCAUCCCGGUGGGCAAGGACUCGACGUCGAUGAAGGCGUCGUGGAAGGACCGCGAGACCGGCGAGGUGAAGAGCGUGACGGCGCCCAUGUCGGUCAUCAUCACAGCCGUGACCGUCGUCGACGACGUCCGCAACACGUGGACGCCGCAGCUCCGCCGGUACGAAGACGUGGGCGAGACGCUCCUCAUGUUCGUGGACCUGGCGCAGGGCCGCAAGGCCAUGGGCGGCUCGGCGCUGGCGCAGUCGCUGGGCAAGGUGGGCAACGAAGCGCCCGACGUGCGCAGCACGGAGCUCAUCGGCGACUACUUCGAUGCGCUGUCUCAGCUGCACAAGAGCGGCGUGGUGCUGGCGUACCACGACCGGUCCGACGGCGGUCUCCUGACGACGGUGGCCGAGAUGAUGUUCGCCGGCCGCUGCGGCGUCUCCGUGGAGCUGGACGAGCUGGCCAACACGGCGUCGGUCGGCGACCUGCUCGACGCCCUGUUCAACGAGGAGCUGGGCGCCGUCUUCCAGAUCCGCAAGAAGGACGAGACCAACUUCAAGCGCUGCUUCGCCACGUGCGGCCCGCCCCCCGGCCUGAUCAAGAGAUUCGGUGCGGUGGUGCCCAGGGCCAGGCAGACGCUGACGAUGCGUUACGGCGCCCGUCCCGUGGCCCAGCUGGACCGCGCGGAGAUGCAGCAGUGGUGGUCCGAGACGUCGCACGCCAUGCAGAGGAGGCGAGACAACCCUGCCUGCGCCGACUCCGAGUUCCGGACGAUUGCCGACUCGGCGGACCCGGGUAUCUCGUACAGGCUCAGGUACAACCCGGCGGAGAACAUCCUGCCUCUGAGCGCAUCCAUCGGCGGGCUGGUGCGCAAGACGCCGCGCGUGGCGAUCCUGCGCGAGGUGGGCGUCAACUCCCAUCGAGAGAUGGCGUUCGCCUUCAAGGCGGCCGGCUUCGACGCGGUCGACGUCCACAUGAGCGACCUGGUUGAGGGUCGCUCGCUGCACGACUUUGUCGGCCUCGCGGCCGGCGGCGGCUUCUCGUACGGCGACGUGUUCGGAGCCGGAGUCGGGUGGGCGCAGUCGAUCCUGGAGCACAGGCACGUCCGGCAGGAGUUCCAGAACUUCUUCGCGCGCGCCGACACGUUCGCGCUGGGAGCCUGCAACGGCUGCCAGAUGCUCACGCGCCUCAAGGAGCUCAUCCCGGGGGCGGACAACUGGCCUACAUUUGUGGACAACGCCAGCAGGCAGUACGAGGCGCGGUUCACCAUGGUCAAGAUCGACGAGGAGGAGAAGCAGCCGCAGUCGGGCGAGGCCAGGAAGCAGACUCACUCCGUCUUCUUCCACGGCAUGGGCGGCUCGGCCCUCCCCAUCGCCGUCGCCCACGGCGAGGGUCGGGCGUCCUUCCCGUCGGCCACGGCGCAGGAGAAGCUGGUGGCGGACGGCAUGGCGCCCAUCCGCUACGUGGACAACCGACUACGCGUCGCCCAGCCGGAGAGCUACCCCUUCAACCCCAACGGCAGCCCCGAGGGUAUCGCCGGUGUGGUCAGCCGGGACGGACGUGUCCUGGCUCUCAUGCCUCACCCAGAGAGGACCAUCAUGGCCGACGUGGGCAGCUACAUAGCUCCCGACCAGGUUGAAGGCUGGGGAGAGUUUGGACCUUGGGUUCGUCUAUUCAAGAGUGCUAGGAGGUGGGUUGGCUGA